CGUGCCAACUUCUCCUCCGCGAUCUGCAGAGAUGCAAGCUCCAUUCACACUCCAAGUUUCUGAUCUUGUUUCCAUCUUCAACGGUGAAUCCAGUCGUUCUGGAGAACACCAAUCGAAGGACAACAAGCGAUCAAUGGGCGUUCCCUAGGUCGAGAUUUUCACUUCCGUGAUCCGCGAGAAACACAGAUUCGAGGGUGUUCCCCAGAUCUGUGGUUUUGACUCACUUGCAGCAGCUUGAAGGAUGAUUCCAGGAGCUUUUACAUUCAUCCUGAUGCCAUCUCUGCGAGUUGUCGUUGGAUCGAUCCGAUCAAUUGAUUUCUGCAGCGCCUCUCGAUUCCAUUCAUUUUUUUCCUCACACAUCCAGAUCACUAGCUUGAAGGACGAUUCCAAGAGCUUCGUGCAUCUUGUCAUUGAGCUGGGAAGACUGAUCAGAUCUGUUGAGAGCUUGAAGGGCGUUUCCAAUGGUUCCUUUGUUUCGUGACAGAGAGAGGGCAGCAGAUUUGAGAUUUGGAGUCUUCGAUAGACAAAUUAUUUGAGUUAGAUCCUGAGAUUGAAAGAACUUUCAAGGCUUUGAGAAUUCAAGAGAAAAUUUCAGCGGUCUCAGGAAGUACUUUGUCAUCUUCAGACAUUUCCAUGGCUGACCAUAAUAGAACAAUGAAAGAGUUAGCAGCUCUAGAUGUGGCUUUUAAGUAUUCGUGUAUUACUUAUCUAGAUCUAGCAGGAGAUUUUGAGUUGAGAUAAGGGUUGAUUCAUCUACUUCCAAAAUAUCAGGGAUUAUCUAGAGAAGACCCAAAUAGACAUUUGCAUGAAUUCCAUGUGGUGUGUUCAACCAUGAAACCACAGGGAAUUUCAGAAGAGGACAUCAAGCAAAGGGCUUUUCCAUUUUCAUUAACUGGAGUAGCAAAAGAUUGGUUGUAUUAUUUGCCACCAGGGUUUAUCACUUCAUGGAUUGAUAUGAAGAAGACUUUCUUGGAGAAAUUCUUCCCAGCUUCAAGGACUGCAACUAUCAAGAAAAGUAUUUGUAGGAUUCAGCAAGUGGUUGGAGAGACAUUAUAUGACUAUUAGGAGAGAUUUAAGAAGUUAUGUUCAAGUUGUCCUCAACAUCAAAUCAGUGAGCAGUUACUAGUCCAAUACUUUUAUGAGAAUUUAUUACCUAUGGACCGAAGUAUGAUAGAUGCAGCAGCUAGAGGAGCUUUAGUGAACAAAAUUCCAGAGCAAGCAAGGGAGUUUAUCUCGAAUAUGACUGAAAAUUCACAGCAAUUUGGAAGUAGAGCACUCACUACUAGAGGGGUUGGUGAAGUUCAAAUGAUUUCCAAUGAACAAAAGGAGAUAAGGAACUCAUUGAUGGAAUUAACAUAUUUGGUGAAACAAUUAGCUUUGAACAAUGCUGCUCUAUCUAUUCCUAUGCCAAAUGUUCAAUUUCCAUGUAAACAAAGUGUGGUUUGUAGCAUUUGUUCAAGUCAAGACCAUAUUUCUGAACUUUGCCCGAAUCUUCAUCAAGAUGAAUCUUUGGCAGCAUUCUCUAGAGCUCAACAACAAAGAUAUGACCCUCAUUCUUCUACAUAUAAUCCUGGUUGGAGAGAUCAUCUAAAUUUAAAAUAUGGCAAUUCAUUUUAUCAACAACCAUCUUCAAAUCAACAAUUUCAACAUACUCAAAAUUUCCAGCAAAAUCAGCCUUUUCAGCAAGGAUUCCAGCAACAAAAUCAGCACUUCCAACACUUUAACCGCCCUGCAAAUCAAUUCCAGCAACCGUUUCAGCCUUAUCAACAGUUCCAUAAUCAAAAUCAUCAUUAUCAAUCCCAAAAUCAGAAUUUCCAGCAAGGGCAGAAUUUCAUACAGCAAGCACUUCCAGCACCUUCAAGGUUGAGUAUAAACUCAAGGAGGCUCCAGUAAUGCUUCUAAUUCUAAUUUACAUCAAGCUAGAUUGGAAGAGUUAAUGUAACAACUUAUUCAACAGCAACAAAAUCAACAAAGGACAGAUUCUUCUCUUCAAAACUUAGAAAGGUAGAUUGGGCAAUUGGCUUCCAGUAUUAAUCAGAUUCAAGCUCAGGGAUUUAGUCAAUUACCAUCUCAAACAACUCCUAAUCCUAAAGGGAACGUUAGUGCAUUGACUUUAAGGAGUGGGAGAAAAGUUCCAGAAUUUCCAAGAGAAGAAGUUACUACUGAAAAUUUUCCAGAAUUCCAGCUAUCUAAUUCCAGCAGUGAAGAAUUUCCAAAAGUUUAGAAUGUGCCAGCUUCAAGUUCCAAUCCAAUUCUCGUCGAUCCUUUGAAUUUGGAGCAUGCACAAGGUAGUAGAAGUUGUAUUCCAUAAAUUUCCAACAACUUAUGUCCAGCUGAACAGUUUCCAGUAGACUUGCCAUAUUCUAGCAAAUCUGGAAUUCAAGAUUUCAGAAUUCAGAGCCAAGCAUUCCUUUGCCUUUUCCUCAACGAAAAACUCAACCAAGGAGAGAUGUAAAAGAGGAAAGAGCUAAGGAAUUUCAAGAGCUUGUGAAACUAUUUAGCAAGGUGGAGGUAAAUGUUCCUUUAAUCACAAUGAUCAAGCAAAUUCCCAAAUAUGCUAAAUUUUUGAAGGAUCUUUGUGUGCACAAGAAAAAGUUGAAGGGGAAUGAGUUAAUUAGCAUGGGCAAGAAUGUAUCUGCACUUCUUCAACCAGCUCCUCAGAAAUGUGAAGAUCCUGGAGUAUUUACAAUCCCUUGCGAGAUUGGGAGUAGUCUUUUUAAGGAUGCCAUGUUGGAUUUGGGAGCUUCAAUUAACAUGAUGCCAAAAUCAGUUUUUCAGACCUUAGGGAUUGAACCAUUACAACCUACAGGAGUAGUCCUUCAGUUAGCUGACCACAGUCAGACUCAUCUAGCAGGAGUCAUUGAAGAUGUAUUGGUGAAGUUUCUCCUCAAGAAGCCAGAUGCUAAGCCCAGAUUGAUUAUAUGGACGCUUCUCCUCCAAGAGUUUGACUUGGAAAUCCGAGAUAGGAGUGAGAAGGAGAACUUGGUUGCAGAUCACUUGAGCAGAAUUGAAGGAGACUUGGAUCACAUGGCCAUUGAUGAUGAUUUCAGGGAUGAACAACUUUUCAGAGUGCAUGGUGAGUCUCCAUGGUACGCAGAUCUGGUCAACUUUUUAGUAUGUAAUGUUUUUCCUGCACAAUUUUCAAAAGCACAAAAGGAUAAAUUGAAAAGUGAUUUGAAAUAUUAUGUGUGGGAUGAUCCUUAUUUGGGGAAAUUUUGUAGUAAUCAGAUCAUUAGGAGAUGCAUACCAGAUUUUGAGUUCCAGACCGUACUUGCCUUUUGUCAUUCAUCUGAGUUUGGGGGGGGCAUUUUAGACCUCAGAGAAUUGCUAGGAAAGUUUUAGAGUGUGGAUUUUAUUGGCCUACCAUUUUUUGUGAUGCCUUUGUUUUUUUGUAGAUUAUGUGAUAGGUGUCAACAAACUAGGAAUAUAGGACCUAGGAACGAAAUGUCUCAACAUUACAUGCUAUUUUGUGAGAUUUUUUAUGUAUGGGGUAUUGAUUUCAUGGGUCCAUUUCCUGCCUCUUUUGGAUUUUCGUAUAUUUUGUUGGCAGUUGAUUAUGUUUCCAAAUGGGUGGAGGCCAUUCCCACAAAGACUGACAAUUCUUCAGUUGUUGUGAGUUUUGUCAGGUCACAUAUUUUCUGCAGGUUUGGAGUGUCCAAGGCCAUAAUUUGUGAUCAAGGUUCACAUUUUUGCAACAGACACAUGAAAGCUAUGCUGAGUAGAUAUGGAAUUUCACAUAGAGUUUCCACUCCUUAUCAUCCCCAAACAAAUGGACAAGAUGAGGUGUCAAAUAGAGAAGUGAAGGCAAUUUUAGAGAAGACAGUGAAGCCUGAUAGAAAAAAUUGGAGCAAGAGACUAGAUGAUGCACUUUGGGCUUACAGGACUACUUUCAAGAUUCCUAUAGGGAUGUCUCCAUAUAGGAUGGUUUAUGGUAAAGCUUGUCAUCUUCCGGUGGAGAUUGAACAUAAGGCAUUUUGGGCAGUUAAGGCUUGUAAUUUCGAUGCUAGUCUAGCAGGAGAAGGAAGAAAGUUACAACUUCAAGAACUUGAGGAAAUUCGGUUAGAAGCAUUUGAGAACUCAUAGAUCUACAAAGAAAAGACCAAAAAUUUUCAUGACAAGCACAUCGUGGGUAUGGAAUUUCAUGUUUGUGAUAAAGUGCUAUUGUAUAGGUCACGACUCAAAUUAAUGAAAGGUACGUUGAGAUCUCGUUGGGAAGGUCCAUUUGUUGUUACUAAUGUUUUCUCAUAUGGAGUGAUUGAGAUUAGGGAGGAGUCUACCGACCGGAUUUUCAAAGUGAAUGGACAUCAACUUAAGGUUUUUCAUGAAGCUAACAAUGGAGUGGAGGUGGAUAGAAUGAGCCACAUUGGUGUCACUUAUCCAAUAAAAGGGGAGUUCAUUCCAACUUAACUUUUCUUUUUUGCUUUCACAUAUAUGCAUGUUUAGUUGCUCAAUAAAUUCUUUGUUUACAAAUAAUGAUUUUAGUAUAGAAUAAUAAAUUCUUUACUGUAGAUAAUUUCCUUAUAGUACUUAGCUUUGAGAUUGGGAAUAAGAAAGAUGGCACCCCCUUUACAUGAUUUCGAUGAUAUGUUAGAAAUGGAGGAAGGUAGCUAUUUUUGAUUGAUAAGUUUUAGGCUUAAUUUCAAGAUUGGACUCUUAAUUUUCUUGAGAUUACUAUUUAAUAAUGGACACUAAAUGGAUGAGUUCAAAUGAUACUUUUUAUACCUAGUGAGUUUUAAGCCAAAUAUGUGUGAUGCACUUAUGUUAUUGCAACUCUAGAACUUGCUUUUAUUCUUUUAAAGCCACAAUUAAUGGAUUAAAUUACAUGUAUGAAGGUGAAUCUGUUGUAUCCUUUUUCCACACUAUUCUUGCCAUUUUUCUUUGUUACCAUCAUAUCUUUGUAAUCUUUUUGAUUUUAUAUUCCUGGAUAUUGAGACAAUAGAAGUUAUGUGAUGGAUUCUUUGGCCGAGAUGAACAAAGGUUUAAGUGUGGGGGAGGAUGAAAGGUGUAGCAUGUCAAAUUUAAAGAGUUGCAAUUGAGUUGGAUAGUAAUGUGCAGUGUUGAAAGUUUGAAUUUGAAAUUUUGGAUUUGAAAUUCUAUUGGGUUUCUUUGUGAAAAUUUUCAGAAGUUGAAUAAGCCAAGUAGUAUGGAAUGAUGUUGAAAGGUAAUUGAAUUGAACAUUGCUGCUGUGCAAGAACUUUUGAGUUUCAAAUUUAGUAAUCAUUCAAAUAUGUGGGAUGUUAGAUGUCAAAAUGGCUAUAGACAGUGUAAAGUUGUAGAAUCAGGAAGAGAAAUAAAUUCAGCUAGUGCAGAAGUAGUAAUGUAUUAAAAAAAACUCAGAAGCAGUAUCAAGAGGAAGAUGAAGUAGUAAUAAUGUGCUAAGAUCUAAAAGUAAAUGAGAAACAAUUGUGGAAAGUUGUACAUGAAUCUGAGCUAGGAAGUUAGAUCAGCCUAUGAUGGGAAUUUUAGAUUUAGAAACUGUGCAGAAUUUCAAAAGCUGAGGGCUGCCCAAUGGAGUUGAAAUGUAUUCAGUUUCAAUUGAUUCUUAAGUGCUUAGGAAUAAAGAGAAGGUAACCUGCACACUGCUGUGAGCAGUUGCAGAAGUCGAUAAUCAUGUAUCAACUUAGUAUUGCUAACAUUUUAAUUCGUUGAGGAAGUAUUGAAGGCAUUGUGCUGUUGGAAACAAGUUUGAUGACACUUUGACUUACUUGUGAAGGAUUAAGAUGUUCAGGAAUCUGUUCUUGGAAUUAUGGUAACAAGGCUGGACUUAAAAUGCAGUAAUGUUUUUGCAGCUUGGUUUAAAAUGAAAUAGAUUUUGGAUUGUUAUAAUACAGAAUGCACGGUGCUAAGUUGUAAUGUGAGUGGUAGCAAAUUAAGAAUUGAAUCAAGUUAGCAUCAUUAGCUUUUGGAAGUCAGUGGGAAGUGACUGAAGUUUUUAUAAUUGCAGUAAUAAUGAAGCAAGCUGCUUGUUGUUCAGCUGGAAACAACAAGACACUGGACAUGAGAAACUACAAAUCUGAGAAACGAUGAGGCUAACUUUGAGAAGUUUUAAUUCAAAAGUGUAAAUAAAAUGAAGUGAAAAGGCUGAAGAAGAACAAAUGAGGAAAUCUGAAAUUAAUCAAACUGUAGUAAGUAGAAUCCAGCAGAGUAUCAAUGUUGUAUCAACUAAGCACUGCUUAUUUUAAAUUCAGUGAAGAAUCAAUUGAAGAUGCAGUGGUGUCAGAAAUAAUUGUGAAAAUGUGUUCUUCAUUUCUUUAAAUGCUAGAGGAACAAGAAUUUCAAGAAUUAAAGAGUGAUGAAGUAGGAAUGAGAAUGACAGAAAAACUGUUUGUAAAUGGAAUCUGUGGAGGAGAUUCUGAGCUCUAGAGAAAGCAGAAUGUAGGUAGUAACAAAUGCUGAAUUGAGGUGGCUGUAAUUUGAAAUUAUUGAACUUGAAAUGAAGUAGCUUGAAUCUUAAGGGAAGAUCAGCAGCAACAAUGAAUGCAGGCAUUGUAGGAAUUGAAGAAUUGUAGAAUCUGGAGCUUAGAAUUGAUUUACAGAAUCAGAAAUGAAUUGGAAAUCAGUGGUUAAGCUAAUUGAGAUUUUUGAGCUAAUGAAUAGAGAUAAUCAAGCUCAAGAUUAUGAACAGUUAUGAAAGAAGUUAACUAGCAAAAUACAAAGUUUCAAAAAUAAGAUGCUGAAAUAUGUUAGAAACUAAAUUCGAGAUUCUGAAAUGAUGUGUUCAGAGCUGAAGAGAAGAAGAGAAGAAGGGCCGGAAUCCAAUCAUGUAACAUACUUUUGUACUCAUAUCUUCCACCAGUAAAAGAGAUAAUUCCUUCUAAUCCUUUCUUGCUUCUAACUUUGAUCUGAAUCAUAUUUGCUUAUUCCUUAUUUCUCCUCACAUCUGCCUUUAUACCGUGAUUGAUAUCCAUAAUCAUGGUGGAGAGUAGAAGAGAAACAAGCAUAUGGUAGUGCAAGAAGCAUGAGUAGCUUGAGUGCCCUCUACCAAAGUCAACAUUGUAAAUUAGAAUGAGAGCCACAAAGUUUUUAUCAUGUGAGGUGAGAGUGAUAUCAUGCUUAACUCAUUCAUGAAAGUGGAAGUUAGUAUUUAGUUAACCAAAAGUUAAAGUGAUUGCCCAAGAAUGCUUAAGAUCUUUGAACUUUAUUAUCUUAGAUGGUUUUCCUUUUCUAAUUUCUAAUCAUGUUUCGGAAGGUGUUAAGGGGGAGGGGUGCCAUUUAAGUAGGGUUUUAGUUUUCUUAACUUGCUUGAGACAAGCAAGAAUAAGUGUGGAAGAUUUGAUGAUUGGUCAAAUUGGUGUUAUAUUUUGAUUCGAAUUGAUGGACUUUUGGAUUUAUUUGGUUUAAGUAAUUGACUUUGGAAUUGGAUUUUGUUAUUCAAGGUAUAUUUUGAGUUAAUUCAAUUAGAUACUUCUUAUUCAUAAUUUGUGCCUCAAAUAUUUUUGUUAAUCUUGGUUUUCGGUGAAAAUUGUUGGUGCAGGAAGCAUCCGACGAUCGAACCUAAGUUUUGAUAAUGGCAAAGGAGUCAAAGUUAAGCUUAUUUGUGAUCUAACAUGUCUGA